CUGACGCAGGUUGGUCGCUCCAUGAAUAGAAAAACGUGGCUCGCGCAGCAGUGAGCGAGCGGAAAUAAUCUAAUUUAUUUCAAACAAUUGGAUGGUGGAGGACUGUUAGAUUUUUUGUGGGGCGACCUCAAGGUUUCACACAAAGCGUGUAAUUUAGCUUCACCUUCCGCUUUUCACCGGCUCAUGAAUAUGAAUUAAGUGGAAGACUUGAAAUAAAACCGACGCGCCAGUGAUUUGAGGUUCUACUGCCAUUUGAGCUAGACGAGUGAAAGCAACACCAAGAGACAGUCUAUUAUUUAAAUCAAGCCUUCCUUCUAUUUCGUUGUAUUUUUGCAUUCGCAACAUGGCCCUGAGAGGAUCACUAUCCAGAUUAUUGAGGUCCACGUUGAGUUUUUGUCAACAGAACCGAUCGCAUUCUGUCGCGAUUUUGGGUGCUCCGUUUUCCAAAGGGCAGAAAAGGAGAGGGGUGGAGCAUGGACCCAAAGCCAUUCGGGAUGCGGGUUUGGUGGACAGACUUUCAAAUCUUGACUACCCCUUGCAUGACUUCGGAGACCUGAGCUUCCAGCACCUUGAUAAGGAUGAGCACUUUAUGCACGUCCCAUUCCCACGCACAGUCGGACGAGCCAAUCAGCUUCUGUCUGGAGCUGUGAGCGGCGCAGUAGGGGCUGGACACACCUGCAUCAUGCUGGGGGGAGACCACAGUUUAGCAAUUGGUUCAGUGGAAGGCCACACCCAGCAGUGCCCUGACCUGUGUCUGAUCUGGGUUGACGCCCAUGCUGAUGUCAACACUCCUCUGACGUCACCUUCUGGAAACCUCCACGGCCAGUCUGUGGCAUUCAUGCUUAAGGAGUUGCAGGAUAAGAUGCCGGAAGUUCCUGGAUUUUCCUGGAUGAAGCCUUUCCUGGCGGCCAGAGAUCUGGUCUACAUCGGCCUUCGAGAUGUUGAUCCAGGAGAGCAUAUAAUUCUGAAGAACCUUGGAAUUCAGUACUUCUCAAUGCGUGACAUUGACAGAAUGGGCAUUCAAAGAGUAAUGGAGGUCACACUGGAUCACCUCCUGGCAAGGAAGCAAAGGCCCAUCCACCUGAGUUUUGAUAUUGAUGCAUUUGACCCCUCCCUGGCUCCUGCCACUGGAACUCCGGUUAAUGGAGGACUGACCUACAGAGAAGGCAUCUACAUCACAGAGGAGAUUCACAACACAGGUUUACUGUCUGUGAUGGAUGUGGUUGAAGUGAACCCCACACUGGGAGCAACACCUGAGGCUGUUGAGGUUACAGCUAGCCUAGCUGUUGAUGUCAUCGCUUCCGCUCUCGGUCAGACUCGUGAGGGGGCACAUGUCGCCUUCCAGAAGAUUCCAGAACAAAAAGAGGACACUGAGCUACGGCUGUGAAGCACAUUGACUUUGACAAAAUACUAUGAACCACUUUUGAGGACUUUGACUAAUGAACCACUUUGCAUUCCACUAAAAAAAACAAUGAAAGGUUUGCAGAGACAAAGCCCCAGACUAAAGCUUUAAUAUGAAGGUUACUGUAGUCUAGGUCAAAACAAAAAUCCUCAUUGGUAAAUUUGUUGCAUUAACUGCAUGGGUGACACUUAUUUUGUUGUUCUAAUAAGCCCUAGGAGGGCUAAGUGCACAAACCUACCACUAAUUUCAGCUACGCAAAAAAGAAAAAAGGUGACAAACAAAAUGUGUAAGAAAUAUUUUUGAAGGCUGAAGUGACCCUUGACUGUGGGUGGAAUUUAGUGGCAGACUGAAUUGUCCUUAAAUUUAAGCACUUUUGGACCAGAUCUGGUUUUAAUUGUAUUUGUUUGUGUUCUGUAUUUUUAUAUAGUAGAAUUGCUUUUAACGGCUAAUCUAAUCCAAGAUUUGAUUAAAACUGAGUGAUUUUAAAGUAAGUUAUUUGAAUACGCUUAAUAUUUAAACUUAGUAUUUUCUUUGAAAAUCUGGAUACAAUAAAUGUAUGAAUAAUAUAUUUUGUACACUCAUUCAGAUUUGAUUGCACCACCAGUAACAGUAUCUUUUUAAGUAAGUGUAGUUUGAUUUAUUGCAUUUUCCUAUUUCUCUAAAAAUGUUUUGCGCAAUAAACGAUUGUACUGAAGACGGAUUCUGAA